AUGCAAUCUAAACAAUUUGAUGAAGUAGUAGUAGAGGUAAAACAUGUAUCAAAACAUUAUAAGAUUGCAGGUAGAGAAGAUAGUGUUAAAGCAUUGAAUGAUAUACAUUUAGCAGGUGAUUCAGAGUUAUUACCAAUUAGAAGAGGAGAAUUUGUAAUGUUAAGAGGACCAUCAGGUGGUGGUAAAACAAGUUUAUUAAAUUUAUUAGGUACAAUCGAUAGAGCAACCGAAGGUGUUAUAGAAUUAUUUUCAAAUCCAAUCAAUGUAGAUUCAACUGAUGAAUAUUUAGCUAAAUUAAGAUUAGAGAAAAUUGGUUUCGUUUUUCAAACUUUUAAUUUAUUAGCAACAAUGUCUGCUUUUGAAAAUGUAGAAUUACCAAUGAUUAUAUUAGGAAAAUUAAAUGAAAAAGAAAGAAAAAAGAGAGCAAUUGAAUUAUUAACUUUGGUUGGUUUGCAAGAUAGAUUAGAUCAUUUACCUUCAGAAUUAUCAGGUGGUGAACAACAAAGAGUAACAAUUGCAAGAGCUCUUUCAAAUGCACCAGAAAUUUUAUUAUUAGAUGAACCAACAGGUGAUUUAGAUACAAAGAAUACAGUUGAAGUUAUGGAUUUAUUAUUAGAUUUAAAUUUAAAGUUAAAGACAACUUGUAUUAUGGUUACUCACAAUCCCGAUAUUGAAUGUUAUGCUGAUAGAAUUUUGUAUAUUGCAGAUGGUGUUUUUGAAAAACAAGUAUUUAAUACUGAACAAACAAGAUUAGAUUAUGAUGAAUAUAUCGCUUAUUUAAAUUCUCAAGCUGGUCAUUAA